CGCAUUAUACCGCGAGCCCACCGAUAGAACAUUGUAGCAUCGAGCUUGAGGUGUAACAAGGCAGAAAAAGUUUUUUUAUGUACCUUGACAAAACUGAAACGAUUUAACUUUUUUUUCGUGUUAAAGAAACAUAGAAUAUGAGAGUACGUUAAUGCUUCGUGUGAAAUGCUAAUAUUCGGUUUCCAGUGAGUGGUUAUUGUUAUUUAUAACACCGUGUCAACACACUAGUGAUUCAUUUUGCUUUUUACUUCAACAGAUUAUUCAUCGAAACUUCACGACAUAAAGUUCCCGGGCAGAAUAAACAAACAGCAGGUGAAAUUAGUGAAAGCUGGCUGCCAAGAUGGAGGGUGUUAAAGGGGAAAAUGAAGAUAAUAGCAUAACAAAUACAUACGAAAUUAAAAUAGAAGAUUUCUGUGUUCAAAGAGGCCUGAUUGAAGUGAAAAAGGAACGUGAAGAGCAAAUUGAAGUGGAGGGCCAACAACCAUAUCAGACACCUGAUGUUUUGAUGAACGAAGAAAAAACGUCUAUUUGCCUAAAAACAGAGAAUAAUUUCUCAGAAGAAAUUACAGCUCAAGGGACAGAAGUAGAAAAUUCUGUGCAAGAAACUCAUGGACAGAAUCCUUUGAAAUGCAAGCGCUGUGGAAAGUGUUUCAGAUACCGUGGAUACCUUGAAAACCACAUGAGCGUUCACAACGAAGAAGAGUUUUUCGUUUGCCUUCAGUGUGAGAGGCGUUUCAAACACAAAGAAAGCCUUGUGAAGCAUAUGGCUGUUCACACUACACCAAAACCUUUCAAAUGCCAACAUUGUGGAUCAACUUUUAAAUACCUAAGACGACUUACGGAGCACAUGGAAGUUCACAACCAGGGUUUCUUUACAUGUCAACACUGUAAACGGCAAUUCAAGUGCACAAAAAGCCUGAAAAGCCACAUGGUAACUCACAGUAAAGCAAGGCCUUUCACAUGCCCUCAGUGUGGAAACACCUUCAAAAACCGAGGCAGUCUCAUAAACCACAUGGGACGCCACACUGAUGAGAGGCCGUUUAAGUGCCAGUGCUGCGGAAGAGGUUUCAAAUACAAAGGUCGUCUCGAUAUCCACAUCAGUGAGGGAUGCGCAAACUUUGUUUAAAGAGUGCCACCUGGGGCAUGCAGUGGUAUGCAAAAGUUUAUACACCCCUUGCAGAAUCUGGAAAAAGCUGAAACUUUUGGAAAAAUAAGAGGAUUUUUUAAAAUUAAGGUUCAUUUUUAAUUUAGUCCUGCCCUGAGCAAGUUAUUUCACUAAAGAAAGGUUUACAUACAGUUCACACUAAAGAAUAAUAACAGAAUUUCAAAAAAUAGCUCAGUGGAAAAGUACACAGCCCCUGGUUCUUAAUACUGUAUGAUAUUACCUAAACAAUCAAGGACAGUGUUAUGUUUAGUCCUAGUUGUUUAAGGGUUUCUUGUUUGUCAUGAGUCAUUAGACUGUCCACUGAUCUUGAGAAAAAUUAUCCAGGUCUUCCACAAUCUUUUCUUUUUCAACAUUUCUGUAUAUUUUACUCAUGUCCAGCAGUAACUUUAUGAUGUUGAGAUUCCUCUUUUUACAUUGAGGACAAUCAAGAGACUCAUACACAACUAUUACGUUAUAUAGAACAAUAGAUUACAUUCAGUGCUGCCCACAAAGCAAAACGAUUAAUUUAAAGUCAGGUGGGUGUAAACCUCUGAAAAUGGUUUUGAUGUAAAAAGAUCUUAAAUCUUCUGAACGACAUUAGUAAAGGAAUAAAUAAGAUGUAUCAGUGAAAGAAUAACAAUUUAAACCAUGACUCAAGACAAACAAGAAACACUUAUGACUAAACAUAAAAUUCAUUGAUUGUUUAAGUAACAUCAUACAUUAUUAAGAAUCAGGGUCGUCUUAACUUUUGCACUGAGCUAAUUUUUUAUUUCUGAGAAAUUCUGUUAUUAUUAAGUGUGAACUUUAUGUUUAGUGAAAUAACUUGCUCAUGGCAGGACAAAAUUAAAAAUAAACCUUCAUUUUCAAAAAUCCUCUUAUUUUUCCAAUAGUUUCAGCCUUUUCCAUAUUCUGAAAGGGUUUUGUAAACUUGCAUACCACUGUAUAUACACAUAACAUAUGACCACCUUCCUAAAAACAUUUUGUGACCCACUUUUGCUGCCAAAACAGCCCUGACCCAUCGAGGCAUGGACUCCACUACUGUUCCUUAAUGGGACCACUUUUGGCAGAUAAUGACCACUGCAGACUGGGAACACCCCACAAGAACUGCAGUUUUGGAGAUGCUCAGACCCAGUUGUCUAGUUAUCACAAUUUGGCCCUUGUCAAACUCUCUUAAAUCCUUACGCUUGCCUGUUUAUCCUGCUUCCAACACAUCAUUUUUAAGGACGAAAUGUUCUCUUGCUUCCUAAUAUAUCCAACUUAUGAAGUUACAAUCAGUGUUGUUCACUUCAUCUGUUAGUGGUCUUGAUGUUAUGCCUGAACGAUGUAUAUGAAGAGUUAAGAUGCGAAACCUUCUAAAAGCCUUAUCUGUCAAAUGAGAUUGUAGUUAACAACACUCUGACCAGUCAGUCUGCAAUAUCUUAAUGGAACUGAACCUAGGAGCCUGUCUCAAGUUUAGAAUGUUUUUCAUCUGAACUUAUAACAUAUAUAUUUAGCUGCAUUAUCAAUGUAUGUUUGAAUACGUGGAAUGUACAUCAGUGAAUAUACUGGAAUAAAUGAAUACACCCA